CAGUGAAGUCACUUGUGCGUGCAGAAGUUGGUGACAGUUUUCAGCCUGAAAUUACACCAUUUUCAUAAAGACUGUGACGCUACUACUUGACUCAAAGCAUCCUGACUGCUUUAGUGCUGUCUAAGAGUGGAGUGAAAGAAAAAGCCUGUGAAAUAUCUUUUGUGAUCUGCGACCAUGCAACCUAAUCAGCAGCAACCCCCAGCCUACCAGCAGCAGCAGCAGCAGGUCGCUGCCCCACCACAACAAACAGUGAUGGUACAACAGCAGCCAAUGGUCGUUAUGCGCCAAUGCACACCCAAUACCCAGAGGAGCAGUAAGAAGUGGUGUUGGAAGGGUUUGAGAGUCACUGGCUACAUGCAGGUCAUCCUGGGUUGCUUAGCUGUGCUGUUCGGCGUAAUCUCCAUCAUCGUCAGGACAUUCCUGUUUAUGGUUGGAACCCCCAUUUGGUCUGGCGUCUGUUUUUUCGUCCUCACUGGUAUCCUGGGCAUUGCUGCUGGACAUAAACAGAGAACCGGUUUGAUUGUUGGAUACAUGGUGAUGUCCAUCAUAAGUAGUGUGGUAGCUGUAGCAGUUUUAGGGGGGGCUGCUGGGUCUAUUGAACCGGACCACUGGCUCUGCCCAGAAAGUCGGUUUGGAUAUCGCCAAUACUAUAACGCUCCAUGUUCUACCUCAAAGGGUCUUCGUAUCGGUAUUGAUGUCUGCCUCGUGCUGAUUGGCCUUACAGAGUUUGUGAUUGCUAUAAUUGGAUCCAGCUUAACCUGUGUUAGCCUCUCCGUCAGCAGAAACAGCACUCCUCAAACUGUGUUUGCUUACCAAGGCAAUCGUCAACAGAUGGUUGUUGGAGUGCCCCCACAGUGUGUGUACAACCCCCCUGGCACUAACCAGUUUGUCAUGCAACCACAAUCCCAGUACGCCAUGCAGCCUCAAGCGCAAUACUUCGUGCAGCAACCACAGACACAGUACGCCGUGCAGCCUGCUCAAAUGUACCAAGCCCAACCCCAGGGGCAAAUGCAACCUCUACCCCAGGGGCAGAUGCAACCUCCAGCCCAGGGGCAAAUGCAACCUCAACCCCAGGGACAGAUGCAACCCCCACCCCAGGGACAACCUCAACCCCAGAUUCAACAUGCUCCCCCAGGACAGAUGCAACCUCCACCCCAAGGGCAGUAUCCAUCCCAAGCGGGGGAGCAAGUUCAUCCAGAGGCACCGCUUACUAAUAAGGAGGAUCUGAAGCAGCCGCUUACCAACUAAUCUGUCCGCUUAGCAGCUAAGAUGGUAUGAUUGCACAAGUUACUAAUAAGCACCUUGCUUUAGUACUCAAUUUUCACUUAAGCAUUUUGUAUUGUAACAUUUUUUUAUUUAAAGGCACUAGACACUAUAGGGUAUUACUUAAUAAUAGACCUUAUGCAC